GUCUCACCUUCUUUUUCAUUCUCCAUGACCGACACCGACACCGACUAUACCCCUCCUCCUGUACCUCCAAAAGACGAUCUUCGUCCGAUGACACCUCCAAAAGACUUCCCCAGAAUAAGUGCUGAGGGUUACGCUACGGUUGGUGCAUCCACCUCAACGGCAACUUUUGAAGUUCCUCAUUCAACCUCAAAUACCUUUCCUGGUGCAAAGGGAACAAACAAAAAUUUAACUAACCAACUUACCUCAACUUUGGACGAAAUAUUUGUUGAACCAAACAUUGUUACCGAAAAUACUAAUAAAGCAUCUGUUCCCCACGAACCUCGAGUGUCCAAAAAUAAGCCAACCAAAAGUUCUGAAAAUGUAUUCUCGAGAAUUUCUUGGUGGUUAAGUUGGGCAGUAAUUCCAUCGUCAUCCUCUUCUGGUGGUAACGGUGACGAUCCAGUUGUUACCACCUCCUCAGAUGAAAUCCCUGUUGCUCCCGAACCCUCAAUAAAAGUUACAGACCCAGAUCUUAUAACCAAUGAUGCCAAAAUUGAUGAACUUCCAAAAGUAAAAAAAUCAAACAGUAUAACAAAUCUGUUUCGCAGACUUAGUUAUCGAAAAAGAAGUGAGAGGGAAGAGAACAGCAGUUCAAGUGUGAUGACCGAAGAUCAAUCUUGCAAUGAUAAUAAUUUUUCGACGAUACCAAGAGCGAAAGUAAAAAAUAAAAAAAGUAAUUUUGGAACUUUGAUUGAGAAGUUGAAUCGUAAGUUCUCUUUUACCAAUGACCAUCAUCGUGAUACCGAACAAUCCGGUUCCGGCAAAAAUCAAACCAACAACGAAAUCAACAGUAACGGCAACGGCAGCACCAGAAUUUCUUCGAAACCUCCAAGGAUUGAUUGGUCCCUGUCUUCCGGUAAUAGAAAGAUUCUAAGGAAACCGGAUCUAAAACAGAAACAAAAAGAAAUACUGGUUGACAUUAAUGAUUUUAGAGCUUCCACUUUAUUCCCUGAUGAAUCUCCAUUCUCAAGCCUUCAGGAAACUUUGGACGUUAACGUUGCUGCCUCUUCCAGAAAUUCGGUUACUAAAUCUUCGGUUUCCUCGGAACGUGCCGACGACGACACGAUCAAGGGUGUCUCGGGAACAAUUCGUCGUCGCAGUCGCAUAUUUGACUUAUUCAACCCAAAGAGUUCGUCGACCUCAACUCGUGGAAGUCAAAUAAAUGUCAACGGCGUUAAUCUUCGUCACGAUAAGACGAAUUCGAAUAAUGUGAAAGGUUCAUCGUCAUCGCUCUCGUCAUCAUCCUCAUCAAUAAUUUUAACACACCAACAAGAAUCCUCUUCAUCACCUAAGAAUCAAUUAUCAUCUUUAAGCGGAGUUACCAGUGAUAUGCCAGAUUAUCUAGAAUUCAGGAGUUCGAACUCAAACCUUGACAUGCAAUAUAGCAAUAUGGAAAUAACGUCUAGAGAAAACCUAACAUCCAACAAUAUUACCAAAGGAGAUAAGAAUAACAAUAAUAAGUCACCUUUUCGUAUCUUUAAGAAAAAAUUUUACAAGAGUCUGUUAACCUCUCACCCCUCCACGUACAUCAAUAACACACAAAACAAAAAGUAUAUCCCUGUGACGAAUUCAAUCCCGAUAAUCGUUGGGAUACCGCCAUCACCAACAAAAUCAAUCGCCGCCACGACCGAUCCCGCGACAAAUGGUUAUUAUGAAGUGACUAACGCCGGGUCAAUGCAAAUUGAUGACAUCACGCUUGACGAUGGUGAGGAAGGGGAUCGAUCAUUGUCCCGUAUGUCAUCAUUCGCAAAAUCGUUUAAUUCCGAUGAUCCUUCGGCCUUCGGCACCGCAUUUUCGAAUCACGAUGAACCAAAUUCUGAUUACGCAUUGGAAAACGCGUGGGAUGCUCUCAUCAAUCUUCCUCUCACCGAUAAUAAAG